UCUCCCUCGCUCUCUCUCCCCCAAUGGCAAACCUUCCAGAGAACCCAACCAAAUGGAUCACGGUGCUGUUCAACCACGAGGGCCGCGACUCCCCGCCCGAAGUCCGCAACGUCCUGCUCGUCGUCGCCACCCUCAUCGCAGCUGUGACCUUUCAGGCCGGGGUCAACCCCCCCGGCGGCGUCUGGCAGGAUGGCUCCAGCGGCCGCGUCCCCGGCCAGGCCAUCUACGCCUCCCAGACGGGGCCGUUCUACAUAUUCCUGGUGUGCAACACGCUCGCGCUCGCGGCAUCCAUCAACCUCAUCAUCUCCCUCACCUGGGGCUUCCCGUUCUUCCUCGAGGUCGUGGUGGCCACCACAUCGAUGGCCGUCACAUACGGCUCAGCGGUCUUUGCCGUCACUCCCAAGUCCCCCGACCAGUUCCGGUGGCUGCUCUUCACCGGCUUCGUGCCGUUCCUGCUGAGGCUGCUCAUCCAGAUGGGCAAGUAUUACCUGUGGGCUAUGUCCCAGUGAACUUAAUGAAUUAGAAGCUGCCACAUUAGUCUCAAUUAAUUUAUUAGUUUGGAUUAGUUCAUCUAAUGUGAUGUUCAGCCUCAUCUUGCUCUGAGGAUCUUGUACAAAGUGCGAUGAUCUUGAGGGAAUAACUUCAUUUCUUCAAUUUUACAUGUUAUUUGCUUGCUAGUGAAAAAUUCUCUAAUGUCUCAUCUUUUCUUU